AUGGACUCGGAUGACCUUCGGCCACUGCUGGCCUCUUUCAAAUUCCUCAAAGCGCAGUACAGGCAUAUGGAAAAUGAAGCAGAAUUCUUCUAUGAAUCCCUUCGUCUCGGCCAAGAAACUGCAGAGAAGCAGCUGCCCAGCGCCUUGGAGUUUGUCGGGCAGUUUCGCAAGGCGGUGGAGGCACACUCCGCCACUUUGGGUAAGAGGCCAACAACUGCGGACAUUUCCUUGGUGCAUUUGGCGGCCUUGAAGGCCUCGACCCGGGAUGAAGAGAUCACAUGGGGCAACUAUGCCGAAAACGGGGCUUCGAUCAAGUGCUGGAAGUCCAUCUCGGUGAAGCAGUUGACGGAGAUCUGUGGGUUCUUUUGGGGCUUGUCGAAACCUGCCCAAGACGCUCUGCUUUGGUCAAUGCAGAGCGGCAACCGAGCCGUGGACGAGGAUGCCCCUUGUAGUGUGUGUCGUAUACCGGAAGUGCGCAUGCUAACCCGAUCAGUUCAGCCAGGACAUCACUCGCACAGCGCUCUGGCUUCUGCAUCGGUCAACGCCUUCAUGCAGAGGAUGUACUACUCCAUCUCGGAGACGAUGCCAACAGGGCUUGUGCCCAACGCGAUGAACCUGGAGUCUGAAGCGGCGCGCUCUUUGCUGAUGCGGGAACUCAUGAGUCAGGCUUUGGAGGGCCCAACCACUAGACUGGCAAAGCAACCUCGCGACCUGGCAGCGCGAGAGCUUCCGCCUGGAAAUUGGAGCGGGCUGUUUGUGCUGUAUCAAGCGUAUUGCGUCGCCAGCAACGAGCGGCCUGCAAGCCGCACGCUUUUCUACCAAGUCAGCAAGGAGUGGCGGGGGGCCUUGAAGUUCCACCCGAAAUCACAGCACUCCACAUGCCAGACGUGCGAUAAACUGAAGUCCGAGAUGCGGCACGCCAAGAGCUUUAUGCAGCACGCUGUGUCGGCUGAUCGCCUUUUGGGGCAUCUCGCCCGCACCUGGAAGUGCCGAGAAGUGUAUUGGGCUGCUCGCCAAAAGUCUCGCGCUGGCGAUGGCCUCCUGACCCUAAUAUGCGACGGCUAUGACAAAAGCAAGCCGGCGCUGCCGCGCUGGCCACGUGGCCGACCUCCAAAGGGAGGGGUGUUCGAAAGGGUCAACCGCACCUACCACACUGUCCGCGAGAUUAAAAAUGCUCUUAGCGGACAAAUGAUGUCAGCAUUGCUCCAGUCUCACUACUUUGACGAGUGUGCCCACCACCACCUGGUGGUGGGUCACACUCAUGAGGACGUAGGCAACUGGACUUAG